AUGUUAUUCUUAUUAUUCCUUAUUAAUUUAGUUUUAUCUGCUCCAGUUAAAUACGUUACUAGAGUUCAUACUGCCAAUCCAGUCACUGUCACCAAUACUUAUACUACCGGUACUACUACCGUUUAUUUACCACCUGUUGAAAUUUUCGUCUCAAAUGGUGUAUCUUACACUUUUACUAAAACGGAAAGUCCUGCUGGUCAGCCAACUACUAUAACCAGUGUUUAUAACGAUCCUGCUUCUGCUGAAACCCAACCUGCUGAAACUACUGAAGCUGCUCCAACCACUGAAGCUGCUCCUACUACUGAAGCUGCUCCUACUACUGAAGCCCCAACUACUGAAGCCCCAACUACUGAAGCCCCAACUACUGAAGCCCCAACUACUGAAGCCCCAACUACUGAAACUCCAACUACCGGAGCUGAAACCACUCAAGCUGAAACUACUCAAACUCAAAAUACUCAAAUUAAAGCGGUUGAUCCAACCACUUUAUCCACCUCAACUACAUCAACUUCAACUACUCCAGUCCCAACCACUACCUCCACUUCAAGUACUUCAUCUUCAUCCACCUCAACUUCCUCAACUUCAACCAGUCAAUCAGACUCAACUGGCCUUGCUGCUCCUUGGGGUAUUGUCUACUCACCAUACGCUGAUGAUGGAAAUUGUAAAACCUCCGAUGUUAUUAAUUCCGACUUGGAAUUGAUUUCCAGUAAAGGAAUUAGUCAUAUCAGAGUCUACUCAACCGAUUGUGGUACCUUAACUGCUGUUUUACCAAAAUGUGCUAGUUUAGGUAUUAAAGUCAAUCAAGGUUUAUGGAUGAGUAGUGCUGGUGUUGAUUCUAUUGACUCCCAAGUUAGUGAUUUGGUUACAUAUAUCAAAAAUAACGGUGAUGAUAUCUUUGAUUUCAUUACUGUAGGUAACGAAGCCAUUAUUGAAGGUUUCUGUACCGUUGAUGAUUUAUUAAGUAAGAUCAAAUCUGUCAAAUCCACUUUACAAGCCGCUGGUUACAAUGGUAAAUUCACAACUGCUGAACCUCCAGUCAGUUUUGAUAACAAUCCAUCAUUAUGUGAUUCUGAUUCCCCAAUUGAUUUCGUUUCAAUCAAUCCUCAUUCUUAUUUCAAUACCGAUAUUGAUGCUUCCCAAGCUGGUUCAUUCAUCAUGGGUCAAAAGCAAUUAGUUGAAAACACAUGUUCAGGUAAAUCUGUUGUUAUUACUGAAACUGGUUACCCAUCUCAAGGUAACACUAAUGGUUUAAAUGUACCAUCAAAGAAAAAUCAAGAUAUUGCUAUCAGAUCAAUUAUAUCUGAAACUAAUGGUGAAGUUACAAUUUUAACUACUUAUAAUGAUUUCUGGAAACAACCAGGUCCUUAUGGUAUUGAGCAAUAUUUUGGUUCCAUAACUUUAUUCAACUAA